AUGACGACUAACUAUUUGGUGCCAAACACUAAACCGAUUAAUGGAAAUGUGUUUCAUUCAUUCGAAAAGAUAAAUGAAAUAUUCGCAAAGAAUGACGGUAGAAGAUAUUAUAGAGAACUUGAAAGUUCAUGCUAUGACUCUGAUGCUCCAUAUUUUGAUGAUAAACAAACUCAUUUAAGAAUUACAAAUCCGGCUCAUGAUGUGAACCAAUUAGGUGACACAUAUAUUAAACGCAAAGUUAAAGCAACUCUAGUUUCAAAUAAAGCUUUCACAUGUGAUGCCGCUUUUAAAUGCAUGCGUUUAUUCGUUGGUUACAAAUCAUCAAAUCAAAGCUUUAAACAAUUAGAAGUAGAAACCGAAAGAGGUGAUGCCGGUUAUCUUCAGAUGGAUUGCGCCCGUGAAUCUUUCGCAUUUGCAACAUAUAAACCAAAAUCAGAAAGGAAAGUUAAAAAGUUUGUUCAUUCGUUAUAUAAUAAUGUUCAAAAAUAUGAUAACUCAGUAUGUGGUAAAUAUAUUGACCCUUCAGAAGUUUUCAAGAAAGCAAAUGAAGAAGUUGAUGUCACUUUUGAUAUGAUUAUUCCGGUAAAUGAUUUGUUAGCAUUUCAGGCGUUCGAUGAUUAUCCUAAAUCAUUUGGUGAUAUCAUUCUUAAAUAUUAUGUUUUCAGGGAUACUUUAGUAUUUUGUCAGGUUGACCCGUUAAGAGUUGCUGAUUUACAAAAUUACGUUUAUGAAAAGAUAACUGAUGAAAAUUAUGAAAAGAUUAUGAAUCAUGUUUAUAAAUAUGAUCGCAAAUUCCAACAAAUCGGACUUCCUGCCAAAUUAAUUACAAGCUUAGCCGCUACAUCUGCUGACGCAACAGUUGAUGACGUUAUUAUUUCAUGCACAAAGAUGGAAGUUUUAGAGGAUAAAUGCAUUACACCAGGAUACGGUUUAAUUGAAGAAUCAGUUAAAGCAAUACCACGUUUAUUCAGUAAGGAAGAUCCAUUCAUGAUUCCAGCUCAACAUAUUGACGUUCGUUCACUAAAUGGAGGUUGCAUCACUCCUGAAGGUAUCAGCUCAGAUUUCUCAUACGCUCUUCAUAAUGUUACAGAUGUUGUGUUAGCAUUUCCGAAGAAUGCAAUGCAAAGAACAGUUUUAGAAAAUCCAAUGCUUCGAGGUCUUCAGGUCACUAUAGAUUCCAGAAACUUCCCCGAUCAAGCGAUGACCACAGUGGGCGACAUAUUCUUUACACGUAUGCUUCAAGCUUCUGAUUUAGAUGGAGUGAAUGAAUGCACAGAAGAAUACGAGGACUCAUUAACUAGACCACUGAAUGCAGAUGAUGGCACGCCAUUAGCUAGAACAUGGAAAGACCAAACUUCAUUCUUAUGCACUAUUCCAGUUCAACGUGAUGGAGCGGGUAUAUUCUUUGAUGGAUUAGAAACUUUCAACUCACAAGUUACAGUACAAGUGAAAGCUUAUCCAAUCAUUCAGGGUGAAAAUGACACUUACUGUUCAAAGGUGACAAAUCCUCCUCAGGUUUGGUUUACUAGGACUACAUAUUGGACAUGGACACCGGAUGAAGGUUUGAAAUAUCAUCCAACAGGUACACCACCACAGUAUAGAAGUUCAUAUGAUGAAAUAUUGAUGAAUAGAAAUGUUUAA